AAUCUGACAAACACUGGUACAUCCUUGCCUCUUUUAGGACCCAAGUCGUUCGGGUGACAUCUGAGCAAGUUAGCUAAUCUUGGCUGUAAAACACUCCACAGUGCAUUGACACUGUGGCUUAUACUGCAGGUGACUGCAAGGUCAUAGUCACCAUUCUCUGUACCUACAUUUUUGAACAGUUUAGGAAUGACUGAGCAAGUUUGCAGGUUGCAUGGCAAGCUGAUCCGAUGCAUGACAUUUGCAUGAGUGCACUCAAGCUCUUUGUGGGAUUUCGAGCGAGUGGCUGCAGUCAUGGCCCAAACUAUAAACAGCAAUGCCUCAGAAAAAGAUGAUGAUGAGAAGGACCCUUACUGUUUGGAAACCCCAUAUGGGUAUCAGCUAGAUUUGGACUUCCUUAAGUAUGUGGACGACAUUGAGAGGGGCAACACUAUCAAAAAGCUAAACAUCCAGAGAAAGCCAAAACUCAUCAGGUCAAUUCCACUGCCUCAGAGCAGUUGUAGUGGGCAGACUGAUUGGACUUCAACCAACUCUCUGUCCUCUUCCAACAGCGAUGAGAGCAAACAGUCACCUGUCUAUCUCACACUUCGGAACCAGGUAGCCCCACCUGGCCAUAUUGCCCAAGUCCAUGAAGCUCCCCAAACCAUUGUGAACGUUCCAGAGACCAAGCAGUUACUGCCACCACCCUCACCCCACUUCCUUCGCCAUAACCCCCAGGUGGAGAAAACUUUAAUGGAGACUCGAAGGCGACUGGAACAGGAGCGACUCCUGAUGCUGCCACCAGUCAGUGAGCCACCCCGUAGGCGCCUGGCCAGCUUUGGGGGGAUGGGCUCUUCCAGCUCCUUGUCUUCUUACAGUGGCUCAUAUGGGCCAAGCCAGAUUUCGCCCAGCUCCCAUUCUCUGCAACAUAAUGGACAUCAAGCCAAUGGCGAGUACAACCUCUCCUUCACAUCCUCCAUGGGCAGUUCCAUUCGACACAGCCCCCUAUGCUCGGGCUUGACAACACCAGUAACAAAUGUCAGCCCACUGCACCUACAGCACAUUCGAGAACAGAUGGUAGUUGCUCUGAAGCGACUUAAAGAACUGGAGGAGCAGGUAAAGGCUAUCCCGAUCCUGCAAGUCAAGAUCUCAGUCUUGCAAGAGGAGAAGAGGCAGCUGGUGUCCCAGAUGAAGAACACAAAGCUAGCUGGGCAGGGUCUGGGUGGAGGUUUUAGGAAGCGUUCCUACAGCGUCGGCAGUGCAGAUCAGUAUGAGCCACUGAACCAGCUCCAGACAGGCUCUGAACUCCACAUUGAGGAGAUGGAGAACAAAGAGCAGAGCUCUCAAAGGAUACAGGAGUUCAGGCAACUGACAGCAGAAGUGCAGGCAUUGGAAAGGAAGAUCCAGGAUAAUGGAGAGGAACUGAAGCACAGCUUACACCAAACAGAGCAAAGGACAAACCAAAAUGCCCACCAGAGGAGCCGUGAGAGCAAGUCAAUUGGUGUUGGUGCUGAUGAGAACAUGAACGACGUAGUCGUCUACCGGAGGUCGCCGGGGCGAGGCAGAGACAUGGCCGUGGGAACAGAGCAGGUGGUAAGGAGCACUGGAGUUUGGGUGACUGAAGCCAUGCUAGGUUUGAGCAGUGAGGUAGAAGCAGAGAUCGAGAUGCAGCACCAGACCAUUGAAGACUUCAAAGAGAAGAUUUACAGACUGGAGGUGCAGCUUAAGGAGACUACACAUCAAGUGGAGAUGGGAAAGCUAAAGCUUCAGCUUCAAGUGGCUGGAUCAAGAAAAAAAGCAGAUAAAGGAUUGAUGGUGAGGCCAGAGAUGUACAGCACUUCAGUGGAGGCCAGAGUGUCUACACAGAGUCAAGGAGUGGGCAGUCAUGUUGAGUUUAGUGAUGCAAGAACAAGUCCUGUCCCACAAAUGAAUGCAGUAGGAAUUUCUUGCAGGCCAGAUGCAAGGCAUGUUGCUGUGGGUCCAGAGUUGCCUAUGGAGCAGUGGGUCGUAAAACAACGUGCUGAGGUUCAGGAUCAAUGUGUUGGCAGGCAGGUUGUGACAUGCAACCAGUGUGUGGGGGUGGAAUUAAGUGUAUGUGCAAUAGGGAUCAACACUGAUUUAACAGCAGAUGGUUUAGGACUUUGCAAAACCGAGGCUGAACAAGCCAAACAGUUCAUGUCUAUUGGAUGUGGAGAUUGUUCAGUGGAUGUAAUGGUCAGUCCCAUCAAGGAGAUGGUAAACCAGAGUACAGAAACCAAUGAAGCUCACAGAACUGACUUUGGAAUCAUGGUCUUACCUAUGAGCGCUUCCAAGUAUACAAACACCGAAAUUGAGACAAUAGGCAAAUUAACCAACAAGGAUAAGAUAGUCCUCAUUGAUUCCUGCACCAACACACAGCCAUACUCAAAAGACAAACAUGUAAGCACAGAACCAGUGGUGACUCGUACAAUCGCCAUUGGUGAUGGUCUUAUAAAAGAUGUUCCGGCCACAUUGAAAACGUGCUCUAUUUCAGUAGGUACUAAUGAAGAAUCUAUGCUCGUCAACACUUCAUCUUUCAGAACACAAGAAGCUGGGAUUGGUCUUACAAGCAUACAUGAGAACUUUUUAGUUGGUUUGAAGACCAGGAACAUUGCCUGUGGCCCCUCUCAGUCUCCAACACAGACUCGAGUAAAGAAUGCGUCUGUGGAAUCACUGUCAUCAGCUGAGCCCAUCCAGGCACAAGCUGGGGCAGGUGUUGGACUUGAUCACUACAUAGAGAGAGUGCAAAAGCUUUUGCAGGAACAGCAGAUGUUGCUUGCUCAGAACUACAGUGAGCUGGCAGAUGCAUUCAGCCCACCUCAACAAUCCCAGUUUAGCUCCAUCAACAGUCAGCUAGUCACUACUCUGUCAUCCAUCAAUUCAGUUAUGAAGUAUGGAAGUGUUGAGGAACUCUGCAAUAUGGACCUCGGGCAACAAGAAGACUUGAUCAACGCCCUGAAAGAAAUGCAAAUGGUCAGUGGGGUCAGUUCCCUCUCGAGAAGUAUGAUGACAGAGGUCACACACAUAGAAAAUGUGUGUACAGAAGACACACAUGAGCAGAGCACCGCUGCACAGAAAAGCCGGAUGGACCAGCAAAUGUCCUCGGCAUUGCAUGGCAGUCAAAGCACCCUGAAGUCUAUUAUGAAGAAAGAUGGCCAUCAGGGACCUAAUGGCACUAAAAAGAACCUGCAGUUUGUUGGUGUAAAUGGAGGGUAUGAGACAACCUCAAGCGAUGACUCAAGCUCAGAAGAGAGUAGCUCCUCUGGGUCAGAGGAUGAAGGGGAAGAGAAAGACAGGAUGGUGGACGUGAGCGAGAGGAGGAAAGAAGAAUUCCGAAAUAAAGCAGCAGUGGACGAAGACCGAGAUACUGAAGAUUUAGGCCAGGAGAAAAGACAAAGAUAUGAGUUAAAUGAGAAGAUGCUUUCUGCAUGCAACAUGCUGAAAUCUCAUCUCAACGACCCAAAGACUUUAUCUAGUAAAGAUGUGAGGGCAUAUGUGAAUACAGUGCAGAAUGAGUGGUUCCGUGUAUCCAGUCAGAAGACAGCAGUGCCAGAGAUGGUGGAGGAUUACCUGAAUGCUUUUAGAGCCAUCUCACCUGCCCUGUUGCUGCAUGUAGUAAACAUGGCCGAUGGCAAUGGCAACACUGCCCUCCAUUACAGUGUAUCCCAUUCCAACUUCCACAUCGUGAAGAAGCUACUGGAUGCUGAUGUCUGUAAUGUCAAUCAGCAGAACAAGGCAGGCUAUACUCCCAUCAUGCUAGCAGCGCUUGCUGCUGUAGAGGCCCCUAAGGAUAUGAGGGUGGUGGAAGAGCUGUUCAGCAAAGGAAUUGUCAAUGCAAAAGCCAGUCAGGCUGGUCAGACAGGGCUGAUGCUGGCUGUCAGUCAUGGCAGAAUGGACAUGGUGCGAGCUCUGCUCGCCUGCGGGGCAGAUGUCAACAUCCAGGAUGACGAGGGCUCCACUGCACUCAUGUGCGCUAGUGAACACGGCCACGUCGAGAUAGUCAAGCUGCUGCUGGCUCAGCCAGGCUGUGACGCCACUCUUACGGAUAAUGAUGAGAGCAAUGCCUUGUCUAUUGCUCUUGAAGCUGGACAUAAGGACAUAGCAGUGUUGCUGUACGCCCAUAUGAACUUUUCCAAAGCUCAGUCACCAGGUACGCCUCGACUUGGGAGGAAGACUUCACCCAGUCCGACAAGGAGAGGACACGUUUGAUUACAGAGCUUCUACCCCACCCUUUCUAAGCUGCUAUUUUUCAGGUUCUACCAUGCCUACCAAUUUCAUCAGCUAGAAACCAAAUCAACAGCAAAAGGACUUCCUGCAAACCUCAGCGAUUGGAUAGUAGGCAAUUAUACGGAGCACUUUUUCAAACUUUAGUUAUUUCUCUUUGCUGGGCUUUUGGAUUAUAAUAAUGGACAAUAUAUAAACAGACUUGCUAGCUAAGAGUCGGUCUUCUCAAGACCUCAAAUCUGUACUCGCCCUGAAUGUAUUCAAAAUUAUUCUUAUGCCUGUGUUCUCCAGUGUAAUGUCAGAGCUAUACGUCAACUGGAACGUGGCUAUGGAGUCGCCUUCAAUUUAUUUUUCCAUAUAAUGUUGAAUUUUAUAAUAUAUCUGUGUAUAUUUCAUCUAAGUGGUCUAAACCUUAUCUAGUAUCCUGAUUGUUUAUGAAUCAAUAAUUUAUAAUUCCAAGAAGUGGCCAAUGUUGCCUGACAAUGACCUUUAUAUUUGAAUAGUGUUUAUGCUGCCCAAUAUCUUCAGCCUUUGGGGUAUACAUAUUUUUUACUCUAUCAGAAUUCCAGCAGAGAUGUCCAGUGUAUAUUCAACAUAUUAUUUUAAACUCAAUGUUUCUAGAUUGAUAUGGUCUUUCCUUUUAUACUUAACAUUUUAUCUAUUUAUAAAUUACAGUAUUUAGGAAAUUUCAUAUUUUCUUUGUAACAUGAAGCUAUACAUUUAUCAAUUAAAACUUUUUAU